AUGGGUUCUAAGAGAAGAAGAUCCGUCAGCACGGGAGGAUCUCGCAAGAAGCCAAAAGCCGCGGAACUCCCCAGGGCUCCUACUCCUCAAGGGACACUUAACCCAAGCCCUUCUUCGGGACCCCAGGUCGAGUCGGGUUCCCCUACCGUGCCGAUUCAUCCCGUUGGUCCUCAAGACCGAUCCAUUUUCUUCAUAAGUGGUCGAAAGGGCGAGCAAGCCCAACAAACCAUGGACGACAUUCUCGAAACCCAGCGAGACUCGCCCUCCGCUCCUACCCCGCAAUACGACUCGCGAACUAGGAGAGCCCAUCAAAAUCGGGAAGGACUUCAAGCGCCACCGAUGAACGUGAAGACUCGCCUACAAGUUCAAAAGGAGCUCGAGGCUGCGCAAGCUGAAGCGAGGGCCGAAAGAGAGCGUGCUACGGCCGCUGCCGAAACAGAAAGUUCUUCGAACUGGAAACCAGGCCGUCGAGCUAUCGAUGACCUUCUCGAUCCCUUGCCCCUUACUCCGGCGGAAAUGGAGGCCCAAGCUGAGUACCGGGUACUCCAUCCCUCGGCCAACAUUUUACCUCGAUCUAUUUUCGGCAUGCAUCCCUUUGGUCCAAACCAAGACGGAUUGCCUGUGGGAACGCUCCGAACCGACGACAUUUAUGCUGAUCCAGACUGCUCUGCCGAAGAGAAAAUGACGUAUCGUCGAGUGGUGUGUGUGAACCUGGAUAACAGUGCAACUGUUCGUUGGGGCGCGACGGACUACAACAUUCAUGGGAUGCCCCCACCAAGAGGUUCCGUCGGAGAUGAAACAAAGAAGAAGUCCAAGAAAGUGGAAGUCACGAACAAGGUCGAUUUCUUCGAAGAAUAUGAAUGGGAGUUUCGCACGUGGACCCUUCACAACAAGCUCUUGUGGGCCCGCAAAGAGAAAAUCUACAACUGGAUGGAUUCUAUUUGGCAUAUGGAAUGGGCAACAGGAUGGGGAUCCGCUAAAGAAAUGACGAACGACAAUGGGCAACGAGAACAGUGGAUCCGAAGAAGUGCGAGGAUCAGGAAUGACAGCUACACAAUUCCUUUCUUCACGGAUGAACAAAUGGGAGACGACCCAGACAAGAAGAGGCUGAAGUUGAUCGACCGGAUGGAUGGAGCCCAAUUCAAGUUUCUACCGGACAUUGCAGAGUCAAACAAGAGGGCCUUACAGAACAAGACUUUCGGAUCAUGGACUCACCUUCAGGAAAGAGCCUUCCACUUCAAGAGGACUGCGGAGUACAUGCAAGCUAUCUGCAGCGAGUUCGACCUUCGUUAUGGCUCGACAAGUUUCAAUCUUCGGACGGUGCAGUCAUACACUCGAGCAGGAGGCGAUCCUAAGAAAAGUCUCCAAAAGCUGGUUUCCCCGAAUCUACUCCAGGAACCCCGAACCCAACAAAUCCUAGGCGUCCUCAGCAACCCGAUCAAGCUAGAAGGAAACAAUGUUGCAAUGAGCUUUACCCGGAAAGACGAAAUGGCGAAACAAAAGAUUCUGACCAACCUAGAGACAGCUCAACUCCCACGUUCGGAUGCCGAGAACGACAUUCGUUGGAGAGAUAGAAAUCGACUAUCUCGCGUGCUAGGUCCCGCUGUCGGACGAGUUGUCCUAAGAUCAGGGUACUUGCCUACAACAAAAGAAGAGGACCAGGAAGGCGACGAAACAUCUAUGCAACAGGACUCGGAAGACAAUGGUCAUGAAGGCGAAGUCUCUAAUCAUUCCGAAGAAGAAGCCCAGAGCGAAGAGCGUGUUAUCCUACUCUCUGACACCGAAGAAGGCCCGGUCUCGACUGAUGAGGAAGAUAGUUCAGAGUAUGAGCCCCAUCCUGCGUUUGAAGAACUGCGAAUCUCUCCCAUCCGUGGUUUCGAUCCAGCAAAUGUCACUCCGGAAACUUCGGACUGGCUUGCGUACCAUGAAGUCAAGGGUAUCGGUCUCCAGGAAUACGAAUGGUUGCGAGCUCAAGGAGUCACAGCCCAAGUCGCCGCCUUCCGGCUGGACAGCAACCAAGCAGGACGGGAAAUUACCGAACUGAACCGUGAAGAGAGCAUUCGCCAACACAACCAAGUCCAUGCGAUUCUCGAAAACGACAAAGAUGCUUCCUCACCCGGUCGUCGUGACACCAUUCGCGAAGGGAAGAAGCCAGCCAAACCAACAUCACCCACAUUGAGCCACCGCAAGGCCGAGACCUCCAAAUCCGCAAAGGGCAUCAACCCCAACACGGUCGAAACUCCUAAACCUCCGCCUUCGGCCGGACACUCUGCACUGGAAACGUCACCUUCGGACCCUCACCUAGAAUCCUCUCAAAUCGGUAGCAUUCUAGGAUCGCUCAUAGAUCGCCAAGAUCAGCAAGACAUGGCGAUUCGUUCCAUCAAGGACCUUCUUGAGGGCCAUUUCAGGAACUCCUAG